CGGACAUUAAAAGGGCGUUCUGCCUCAACGAGAGCAGAACAUACACAAUGGACAUCGCCCAUCCUCUCCCCUCUACCGUUGCAUCUCUCUCAUUCUCUUUUCUCUCAACAGACGACGUACGCCGAAUAUCCGUCAAACAGCUCACGAAUCCAAUAUUGCUGGAUGACCUCAACCGGCCAACUAUUGGAGGGUUGUAUGACCCUGCACUGGGGCCGUCAGGGAAGAACGACAUAUGUGCGACCUGCCGUCUGACAUAUUUCACCUGCCCGGGCCAUUACGGCCACAUCGAGCUCCCCUCUCCUGUGUAUCAUCCUCUCUUUAUGAUCCCUUGUUACACACUCCUACGGACGUGCUGUCUAUAUUGCCACAAGUUCAAGGUCUCGCGAAUAACGGUUGCGAGAUGCGCCGCCAAACUCCGCCUCCUCGAGCACGGGUUGCUCAAAGCCUCCCUAGCGGUAGACGAUUUCUGCCCCCUUGUUAAAAAGGGCGACGCAGGCUCUCCCUCCAAGCCGCAGUCUCUGGCUAAUGCCGACUCCGACGCAUCCGACUCCGAGGCCGAGGACGCAGUGCAAGAGUCCCAAGUGGAGCUGAUCAACAGGCUUAACGUGUUCGUCAUGCUCACUUUGAAAGAGGCAGCAAAGGGCAGAGAGGACGAGCGACUGCAGAGGGAUCGGUAUAAGGAUAAUCUGGUCUUCCAGGCUCGGAAGGCAGUCAUCGCACAGUGGUGGAAGGAGGCGACUGUUAAGAAGUGUUCCUCCUGCGGAGCGUUUGCAAACACGUUCCGCAAAGAAGGGCAUACGAAGAUCAUCAUGUAUGCUCUGACGAAAAAACAGCAGGACAUACACGACCAGACCGGGCGCACGAUCGAAGAUGUGCAUAUCACCCAGCCUAAACUAGAGAGCGAGCGUGCACGUGCAGCGGCCAACAGCCAAGGCACCGGAGACGUAGAGAUGCGGGAUGCGGACGGGUCCGAGAGUGAGGAGUCCAGCGGCCCAGAGACCCCUGACGACGACGACGACCCUAUGGAGGCCGUCGAAGAGCAGCUACCCAAAGCCGCCAACGGCACCCUCAAGACCUCCCGUGGUCGGUCAGAACGCGUCCUCUCCGCGUCCGAGGUGCGCGCCCACCUCCGCCUCCUCUUCCAGAAAGAGGUCACUUUAACUUCCCUCCUUUACGGCCGACACGGUCCGUAUGCCCUCGUCCAUUCCCACACCGGCCUAGUCCAAGCCAACGCGGACAUAUUUUUCCUCAGCGUCCUCCCUGUUCCUCCUACGCGAUUCCGCCCACCCGCAAAGAUGGGUGAGCAACUAUUCGAGCACCCCCAAAACGAGCUCCUUGCCCGCGUCCUUGCCACUUCUUACCGUAUACGGGACGUGAACGUCCAGCUUGCUGAGAUAACUCGGAAAGGCAGCGCUGCUGGGCCGGAGGAGACAGACAAACUCUUGGCGGUGCUGUUUGAGCGGUUGGUGCAGCUCCAGGUGGACGUGAACUCGUUCAUGGAUAGCGGGAAGAACCCCCAGCCUGUGAGGCAGGGGAAGAAGCCGCCUGAGGGUGUCAAGCAGAGGUUGGAAAAGAAGGAGGGGCUGUUCAGGAUGAACAUGAUGGGAAAACGAGUCAACUAUGCCGCGCGCUCUGUCAUCUCCCCCGAUGUGAACAUCGAGACCUCCGAGAUCGGCAUCCCUCCCGUCUUCGCGCGCAAACUCACAUUUGCUGAGCCCGUCACCGCACAAAACCUCACCGAGCUCCAGCAGCUAGUGGAGAACGGUCCGCGCAAGUACCCUGGAGCGACGAUGGUCGAAUACGAGGAUGGGAGCAGGCAGUCGCUCGACAAGCUCUCGGACUCGCAGAGAGCUGCCGUUGCUGCUACGCUUCAAACUGCUAUGCCUGGGCGAGGUGGCGAAGGGCAGGGGAUGAUACGUUCUGGAUGGGUGAACAAGAAAGUGUAUAGGCAUCUCAGGGAUGGGGACUACCUGCUCCUUAACAGGCAGCCAACACUGCAUAAGCCGAGUAUCAUGGCGCAUCGGGCGAAGGUGCUUAAAGGAGAGAAGACAAUUAGGCUUCAUUACGCAAAUUGCGAGAGCUAUAAUGCGGACUUCGACGGUGAUGAAAUGAACAUCCACUUUGCGCAGAAUCAUAUUGCUCGUGCGGAAGCGAUGAGUAUCGCGAACACAGAUAAUCAGUACCUCGUUCCUAAGACUGGGGAGCCUCUGCGCGGUCUCAUCCAAGAUCACGUUGUCUCCGCAUUCUUUAUGACCGCGCAGGACACGUUCUUUACGCGUGAAGAAUACCAGCAGAUCAUUUAUGGUGCCCUGAGACCGGAGAAUAACUAUACAGGCGGGGGGAUUGUCUUGACGGUGCCACCGACGAUAUGGAAGCCAAGACCGUUGUGGACCGGAAAGCAGAUUAUCAGCACAAUCCUUAAGAACAUCACUCCUGCUCGGGCCGAGGGUCUCAACCUCCAGGCUAAAGCCAAGAUUGGUGGCAACAUGUGGCGAAAAGACUCUGAAGAAGGCGUUGUCCUCGUCAUGGAUGGUGAACUCAUCACCGGUGUGAUCGAUAAAGCCCAGAUUGGUGCAUCGGCACACGGAAUCACUCACUCGGUAUAUGAGCUUUACGGCCCUGAAACUGCUGGCAAACUCAUCAGCAUCUGGGGUCGGCUGUUCACGAAGUUCUUGCAGCAUCGAGCCUUUACAUGUCGCAUGGACGAUCUUCUGCUGUCUCCUGAGGGUGAAGAGAAACGCAAGAAGCUUAUGGAGAGUGGUCAGUCUCUCGGUCUCAAAGCUGCCGUCAGCAACUUCCCAGAUCUCGCCCAACUUGAAACUAGAGAGGCUGCCGAGCAGGUGAAGGACCGCAUCAGUUCAAUUCUCCGAGACGAGGUCAAGAUGGCCGGAUUGGAUAUGACUUACCGUGGGGAGCUCAAUCAGCUCACAGUGGAGAUCGAAAAGGCAUGUCUUCCGGGCGGACUCGUUCGACCUUUUCCGGUUAAUCACAUGCAAGCGAUGAUCAUGGCCGGAGCGAAAGGAAAACCGGUCAAUGCUCGGCAAAUCUCGUCUUCGCUAGGUCAGCAGGACCUCGAAGGUCGCAGACCGCCGGUCAUGAUCAGCGGAAAGACUCUGCCGUCGUUCCAGCCGUUUGAGACUUCUGCCGAGGCGGGCGGUUAUGUCGGGAGUCGAUUCCUGACGGGUCUCCGACCCCAGGAGUUCUAUUUCCAUUGCAUGGCAGGCCGCGAGGGGCUUAUUGAUACUGCCGUCAAGACGAGUCGCUCUGGAUAUCUGCAACGCUGUCUCAUAAAACAUCUGGAAGGCGCCCGAGUUCAUUACGAUCACACCGUCCGGUCAAGUGACAAUUCUGUCCUUCAGUUCCAGUAUGGGGGAGACGCCCUGGAUGUCAUCAAACAGGCACAAUUGACUCAGUUCGACUUUGCGGUCCAGAAUUUGGAAUCAUACGUCAAUAACUUCAAUCCCAAGGAUGUUUGGAAUAAGCUCGACGUCGAGACUGCGCUCAGUCAUAUGAAAAAGGCGCUUAAGAAGCCUGGCAAACACACGCCAGUGCUGGCAAAAUAUUCACCCAGCCGCUUCUUGGGCGCUACUUCAGAAGCCUUCGCUCGAGAAGUGGAGACCUAUAUCGAGAAGAACCCGCGCGGCCUGAUCAAAAAGAAGAAGGCCGAGGGCAAGUCCGGUAUGCCAGCCGCCGCGUUCAGAUCUCUCAUGAAUGUGCGGUAUAUGCGCAGUUUGGUGGAGCCAGGUGAAGCCGUCGGACUUCUCGCGGCUCAAUGUAUUGGAGAACCAUCAACUCAAAUGACGCUUAACACGUUUCAUUUUGCCGGCCACGGUGCCGCUAACGUGACCCUCGGAAUCCCUCGUUUACGAGAAAUCGUCAUGACCGCAUCCACUAAGCCGAAGACGCCAACGAUGACAAUUGUGAUGAAGGCGUCCGAUUCACCUACGGAACAAGUAGCCGCUAAGGCUCAAAAAUUGUGCCAAGCUAUCAGCCGAGUGACUCUCGCUGAUCUUGUGCAUAAGAUCACGGUAAAGGAGCGUAUUGAAACCGCUAACGUUCCUGGGUCCCUCUCGCGUCAUAAGAGCUACACCGUAACGCUCGACUUCUUCUCCAAAGAAGAGUACAAGGAAGAGCACAACGUAUCGCCAAGACAGGUUUUGGCCGCGUUAGGAACGAAUUUCGCACUUGUGCUGAAAAGGGAGAUUGCUGCUGAGCUGAAGAAGAUCAAUGCCGACUUCAAGGGACAAGCAAGCGGAAUUGGAAAGGGCAAAGCUCCCGUCGACGAUGACGCUCCUGCCGGUGGAGAUCAGGACGAGGAUGAUGCUGAACCUCGACCUGCGGCCCGCAACAUCAAUGAAGACGCAAUGUCCGAUGGAGAUGGGGACAACGACGAUGAGAAGCGUGCGGUACAGAUGCGGCAGCAGGCAACAUACGAUGACGAACGGAGUGAUCAGUCUGACGACGAGGGGAUGUUCGACGACGCCGCUAUCGACGCUGAGAUAGCUGACGAUGAUGAGGACGACGAGAAUACUCUAUCUCGUGCCAACCCAGACGAGAUCGCCCAAGAAGUCCUUCUGGAUGCUCAGACAGAGGAGAUGCGUGACCUUUUCCUCGAGACGGUACCCCAGGCUACCAGGUUCAAUUUCAAGAAAGGGAUCUGGUGUGAGCUGGACCUCCAAUUCCCCCUCAGCGCGCCCAAGCUCCUCCUAGUCGGGCUAAUCGAGCGCUGCUGUGCGAACAGUGUUGUGCGGGAGAUCCCUGGACUGCAGAACUGUUUUGUCGUCGCGGCCGACGCAACCAAGCGGAACAUCCAGACCAUCGCCGGGGAAGCAGAGACAAAAGUCGACCUCUCCCAGAUCCAGCUCAUGACAAAUGGGUGUAACUUCCCCGCCCUCUGGCAGAUCCUGGACGACAGCGUCGAUCCCGAUCUGAUCUACUCGAACGAUAUCAACGCCGUUCUCCAGCAUUACGGCGUCGAAGCAGCGCGGUUCGCGAUCGUCCAGGAGAUCAGGGCCGUUUUCUCGACAUAUGGUAUCGAGGUAAACUUCCGGCAUCUCCGGUUGAUAGCGGACUAUAUGACCUUUGACGGCGGGUACAAGCCGUUUAACCGGUCUGGGAUCGCGACGAGCAGUUCUCCCCUACUUAAGGCGUCUUACGAGACCACGGCGUCCUUCUUGUCCGACGCGACGCUCUACGGUGACUUUGACGAUCUCAGCUCUCCGUCGGGGACGAUCGUCAUCGGGAAACCGUCAAACAUCGGUACAGGAGGGUUCGAUAUCGUUGCUCCCGUUGCUUGA